AUGGGCAACCGUGACGCUGUCCCCCCAGCCAAGGUUCUGGCUCCAGUGGCCGUGUACUGUGGGAGCGUCCCUCGGACCAGCUCUGGGCCGCCUGCACUCCCAGGUGGAGGCCGCAACUCUAGCCCGCAGGCUGAUGGAGAAGCUUCCCUCCAGCCAGCGCCCAGUGUCCUGCUGGAGAAGCCGUCGCAGCUCUUGAGUGGACAUGGGGACCCUGGCAGCCCCAAGCUGGAUGCUCCCCUGAAGGGCUGGCAGGCCAGGAAUGGCCACCCCAGGAACCUCGGGGCCCUGUCUCAGGGGCCUCACCCCCUGGGGCCCCUCCCCUCGCCGGAGUCAGAGGCCAGCAGUGUGGCCCGGGACACCACCCAGAUUAAGGACAAGCUCAAGAAAAGGAGGCUGUCCGAGGGCUUGGCAGCAUCUUCCCAAGCCUCUCUGGAUCCUGGGGGAGGCCCCAAAGGGGUUCCCCUGAGGAGUGCCAUCCCCCGGGCUACCUCUCAGAGGCUGCUGAGGGUGCCCAGGCCGAUGCCUCCCAUCCAGAGCAUCCCCACCACCCCCGAGGCCAGCGGAACCAAGGAGAUGGGCGUGGACCAGCCUGGAAGCGGUCAGGGGCCCCAGGAGGGGAGACCCAGUGUCCAGGAGGUGCAGAUCUCCCGGCAAUACCUGCACUGCAGUGACCAGGAGAUGUACAAGUCACUGGGGGGCAUUGUGAUCCCGCCCAUCAGAAAGGUGGGGGUGCCCACUGGGACCUCCUCCUGCACACCUGCCUCCCUUCCCAGCCUCUUGCCUCCAGGCCAGGACGUCCUCACGGGCCCGAGUGCCCCCCCCACACGAUUGGCUCGGGAGAGUGGGCCUCGGGAGAAGACCCCUAAAUCUCUGGAGCCAAAACCUUCGGCCCCGCCCAUCAAACACCGGCCUGCUGGGCCUGAGAAGCCUGCUCUGCCUUCCUCUCAGUCCGCCCCUGCCCUGGCAGCCCUCUCCUCCGGCCGUGCCAGAGAAGCCCGCCCCUUGCCGAAAGACCAGGAGAGCAGCACCAAGAUCCAGGUCACCAUCUCCAAGUCCGCCCAGGAGAAGAUGCGGCUGAGGCAUAAGGAGAUGGAGUCGUUCCAGGGGCCAAAGGAGCCGGAGCCGGAGAGGGAGAGGGAGCUCAUGUCCCAGAGCCUGGGCACCCGGAGAACCCUGAUGAAGGAAGGUCUCCUUCCCCUCCGGGGCAGGGGGGCCCUGUCUGUGCCCACGGGGACAAGCAGCCCACGCAGAAGCAAUGUCGGUAUCAUCCUGAGGAAGCGAGCCAACCGGGCCUCCCUGCCCAGCCUCCCCGUGAGCAAGCAGGAGCCCAGCUUUGCGCGCCACGCUUCAGCUAACUCAUUACCUGCGGUGCUAACUUUGGGGUCCCCUGAGUGGGAAGAGGAGGAGGAGGAGAUGGAUCUUCAAGCCUUUAAGGAAUUGAGGCCUUUCUCAAACCCGGAGCUGGGGUUGAUGGAUGCCCUCCGGUGCCUCGACAGCAGUGACUGGAACAUGAAGGAGAAGGGCCUGGUGAGCGUCCGGCGCCUGGCAGCCUGUCACUCCGAGGUCCUCGCUGGGAGGGUGCACGACGUGUCCUUGGCUGUGACUGGGGAGGUCACCAACCUCCGCUCCAAGGUGUCCCGCCUGGCCAUCAGCACCCUGGGAGACCUCUUCCGGGCCUUGAAGAGGAAUAUGGACCAGGACGCUGCGGAGAUCGCCCGCUGCCUGCUGCAGAAGAUGGGCAACACCAGCGAGUUCAUCCAGAGGGCGGCCAACCGGUCCCUGCGGGCCAUGGUGGAGCACGUGACCCCUGCCCGAUCCCUGGUGGCCCUCACCUCAGCGGGCAUCUACCACAGAAACCCCCUAGUCCGGAGAUGCACUGCCGAGCACCUCUCGGCCGUCCUGGAACAGAUAGGUGCCGAGAAGCUCCUCUCGGGCCCCAGGGACAGCACGGACACCCUGGUGCACAACCUGGUGCGGCUGGCCCAGGACUCCAACCAGGACACCAGGUUUUAUGGCCGGAAGAUGGUGCAUAUCUUGAUGUCGAACACAAAGUUUGACGAUUUUCUGACGCAGUCCCUCCCAUCCCACGACCUGCGGAAGGUCAUGGCGGCCAUUAAACAGCGGGGACUAGAAGACAGUGAUGAACUGCCAUCUGCCAAAGGCCACAAGGUGUCGAGGAGUCUGGCGGUGUGUGAGAAUGGGCUGCCCAGUGAGGACGGGCUCAGCUCCGAUGGCCCGAAGCUGGCCGGGCUGCGCUCCUCUAGGCGGGGUGGCUCAGAGAUGGAGCAGCUGCGAGAGCUGACGCGGCUGCUGGAGGCCAAGGACUACCGGUCUCGGAUGGAAGGCGUGGGGCAGCUCCUCGGGCACUGCCAGGCCAAGCCAGAGCUCAUCACCGCCAACCUGGUCCAGGUCUUUGAUGCUUUCACCCCAAGGCUUCAGGAUUCCAACAAGAAAGUGAACCAGUGGGCCCUGGAGUCCCUCACCCAGAUGAUUCCCCUCCUCAGGGAGCGCUUAUACCCCAUGGUGUUCUCCCUCACCAUCGCCGUCGCAGACAACCUCAACUCCAAGAACGCAGGGAUUUAUGCUGCUGCUGGGUCUGCAAUGGAUGCGAUGAUUCAGAACCUGGACAACCUUUGCCUCCUGCAAGUGUUUGCUGGGCGGGUGCGUUUCCUGAGUGGCCGUGCAGUGCUUGAUGUCACAGACCGCCUGCCAGUGCUGGUGGCCUCGGUGUACCCCCGAAAGCCCCAGGCCGUGGAGCGCCACGUCCUCCCGGUCCUCUGGUACCUCCUGAGCAGCAUGACCGGGCCCGGGGCCCUGCCCGGGCGGGGCGGGAGCGUCCGCGCAGUGCUGCGGCGGCUGUCCAGGUGCCUCCGGGAGCAGAUGGGCCCCCGGCUGCAGGACUUGGCUGCGGCUCAGCCCAAACAAGUCCUCCAGACGCUCCAGGACCUCUUAGACACGGACUCCCGGUGA